AUGGCCAAGGUGAUUGCCUCCCACGCAUUUCUCUCCCUGAUGAAAUCCCCGUCCAGCUUAUCUUCCAGCAACCGCCGCCGCGAUUCACCGCGCGCGGACCUGAAUGGGGUUGCCCGCUUAGGAGGGUUCCGGUGGCCUGAAGGGGAGAAGGCUGGUGCGGAGAGGGCUGCGGCGGCGGAGAGCUGCGCCCGAAAGAAGGCUAGGGUCGAGUCCGAGGCCAGGGCUGCUGCGUCGAAGAUCACCGUCAACUUAGACCACAAGUUGCUGGAGUGCUCCGCGUGCUGCAGCCCAUUGGCUCCACCCCUUUUCCAGUGCACAAAUGGCCAUAUCGCAUGCUCAGAGUGCCGCACCAAUGCGGAGUACAGUUGCAGCUUGUGUGCCGAGCCCGCCAACACCCGCUGCGACAUCAUGGAGCGCGUACUUGGCGGCAUGACCGUGCCGUGCUCGUUCCGGGAGUUCGGCUGCUCCGCGACGAUCCCGUUCACAAAGAAGCUGACCCAUGAAGAAUCCUGCCUCCAUGCCCCGUGCCACUGCCCUAUACCCUACUGCCGCCUCUAUGCCAACAGUGGUCGGUCCCUGCGUGAGCACAUCGAGACGAAGCACUGCUUGGUUCCAUACGGCGAUGCCAGAGCUGGCAGCCUUUCCCCCGUGAGGGUGUGCGACAGUGAGCCUGUGCGCCUGGUGUUCCUGGACGCCAGGGCGGUGUUCCUGCUGGUGGUCGAGCGGAGCGGGCCAUCGGGGCGUGCCGUGUCGGUGGUCCAGCUCGUCAGCGAGCCGGUCAAGGAGGAGGAGGAGAAGGAUUUCAAGUACAAGAUCCAGGCAGCCGCGUCGCUGUUCGUCUCCGAUGACGUGUGGUCUCCCCGGGAUUCUCCCGUGUACCUCGAGCUGGAAUGA